AGGGAGGAGGCGAGGGAGAUUGCCUCCACACUCACCACCUCUGCUCCCCACACUCACCAUCCCCCCCCACUUAUCACCACUCUUCACCUUCCCCCACCACCGCUCCCCUUUAUUCACCUUUCCCCACUGCUUCCCCAGCACUCAUCUCUGCUCUCUCCGCUGCGCUCACCUCUGCUCCCCUGCGCUCACCUCUGCUCCCCUGCGCUCCACCUCUGCUCCCCUGCGCUCACCUCUGCUCCCCUGCGCUCACCUCUGCUCCCCUGCACUCACCUCUGCUCCCCUGCACUCACCUCUGCUCCCCUGCACUCACCUUUACUGUUCCUGCACUUUUCACACCACCGUUUCCCCGUCCCACUGUUCACAGCCACCGUUUCCCCGUCCCCCACUGUUCACGGCCAUUGUUUCCCCGUCCCCAAAUGUUCACACCACUGUUUCUCCGUCCCCCGUUGUUCACACCACGGUUUUUUCCCCACUGUUCACCCACCUUUUGUUCCCUCUGUUCCCUCUGUUCACCCCUCUGCCAUCCCCGCUUGCUCGCCAUGCUCCCCGCACUCACUUGCUAUGCUCCCUCCCCCCACUCACUCAUUGCCCGAAACAUCCAGCCAGCACUCAUCUCUGCUCCCUGCGCUCACCUCUGCUCCCCUGCGCUCACCUCUGCUCCCCUGCGCUCACCUCUGCUCCCCUGCGCUCACCUCUGCUCCCCUGCGCUCACCUCUGCUCCCCUGCGCUCACCUCUGCUCCCCUGCGCUCACCUCUGCUCCCCUGCACUCAUCUCUGCUCCCCUGCGCUCACCUCUGCUCCCCUGCGGUCACCUCUGCUCCCCCUGCGCUCACCUCUGCUCCCCUGCGCUCACCUCUGCUCCCCUGCGCUCACCUCUGCUCCCCUGCGCUCACCUCUGCUCCCCUGCGCUCACCUCUGCUCCCCUGCACUCACCUCUGCUCCCCUGCACUCACCUCUGCUCCCCUGCACUCACCUCUGCUCCCUGCACUCACCUUUACUGUUCACCCACUUUUCACACCACCGUUUCCCCCCAGCCAGGUGAGAAGCUGCCACUCCUCACUCGUGGCAUCUCUCCCCCCCCCCCCUCCCUUGCCGUCCCUCCUCCACAUGCUUUCACUCUCUGCACGUGGGGAGCGUGAGGUGGAGCACGUGUCCGGAGGAGAGCUGCAGCGCUUUGCCGUUGGAGUGGUGGGGGGGCAGCUGGGAGACAGACAUCUACAUGUGUGGGAGCGUGAGGUGGAGCAUCUGUCAGGAGGCGAGCUGCAACGGUUUGCCAUUGGAGUGGUGGCGGGGCAGCUGGGAGACAUCUACAUGUUCGAUGAGCCUUCCAGCUACCUGGACGUGCGGCAGCGAUUGAAGGCAGCGCAGGUCAUCCGCUCGCUGCUGCGCCCCGACAGAUACGUGAUUGUGGUGGAGCGUGACCUGAGUGUGCUCGACUAUCUCUCCCACUUCAUGUGCUGCCUCUACGGCAAGCCAGGGGCAUACAGGGCGGUUUUUCUGCGCUAUCACCCCAUGCACCCACUGCCCUGCCACUCACUCCCCAUUCCAUCAUCCCCAUCCCCCCCCAGAUACGUCAUUGUGGUGGAGCACGAUCUCAGUGUGCUCGACUAUCUCUCGGACUUCAUCUGCUGCCUCUACGGCAAGCCCGGUGCCUACGGGGUGGUCACGCUGCCCUUCUCCGUGCGAGAGGGCAUCAACAUCUUCCUGGCUGGCUUCGUGCCAACCGAGAACCUGCGCUUCCGAGACGAGUCGCUCACAUUCAGGGGGACGAAAACCCCGGUGGAUAAUCCUGAGGAGGGAGGCCAAGACGUACAGUCGGUUCGGUACAGGUAUUUGGGCAUGAUCAAGAAGCACGGCGGGUUCAACCUCCUCCUUCCCCUCCCUCACUCCAUUCUUUCACCCCCCUUCAUUCCAUCUCAGGUGCUGAAACCCCGGUGGCUGAAACCCCGGUGGAUAAUCCUGAAGAAGCCAAGACGUACACGCGCUACAAUCGAUAACCCUGAAGAGGCCAAGACGUACACGCGCUACAAGUACCCGCGCAUGGUCAAGAAGCAGGGCGGAUUCAAGCUGACGGUGGAACCUGGUGACUUCACGGACUCACAGAUCGUGGUGAUGCUGGGGGAGAACGGCACCGGCAAGACCACCUUUAUCCGCAUGCUGGUAGGGAAGCUGUCUCUCAUGGGCUUGCACGUCUCUUGGCUCUCUCUCCUCCCUGUCCCUUCCAUGAUCCAUCUUCCAUCCCUCCUCUCUCCCUUCCAGGCGGCUCUCUCAAGGCCGGACCAGAUGAGGGAAACCGGCAAGGAGGCCCAAGGUUUUCCCGAGUUCAACGCGUCGUACAGGCCGCAGAAGACCACCCAGCCCCAAGCCGGCCUCUUGAAGGCAGAUCCAGACGAGGAGACCGGGAAAGAAGCUGAGGACCUCCCGGAGUUCAACGUGUCGUACAAGCCGCAGAAGAUCAGCCGCAAGUUCCCCCUCUCAUACCCUCUCCGUGCGCGCGCUGCUGCACUCCAAGAUCCGAGACUCGUUCCACCACCGCAGUUCAACACCGACGUGCUGCGCCCCAUGCAGAUCGACCCGCUCCUGGACCAGGAGGUGGUGAAUUUGUCGGGUGGGGAGCUGCAGCGCGUGGCUAUUACCCUUUGUCUGGGAAAGGUAAGGAAGGAGUGGGUGGGUUGGUCAACUCUCUCUUGGAGACCUGGCGGCGUUCAAGGUGGUUUGGGGCGGUUUCUGGGGCGGCUCAGAAGUUGCCCCAUGCAGAUCGACCCCCUGCUCGACCAGGAGGUGGUGAAAAUCUCAGGAGGGGAGCUGCAGCGCGUGGCCAUCACGCUGUGCCUUGGCAAGAAGUUGUCUCAUGCAGAUCGACCCCCUGCUCGCCAGGAGGUGGUGAAUUUGUCAGGAGGAGAGCUGCAGCGCGUGGCUAUUUCCCUCUGCCUUGGGAAGGUGCGUCGCUAUUUCCCUCUGUUUUGGGAAGGUGCGUGGCUAUUUCGCUAUGCCUUGGGAAGACGAGCCUCGGCCUAUCUGGAUUCGGAGCAGCGCAUCGUGGCAGCCAAGCCUGCCGACAUCUACCUGAUUGAUGAACCCUCAGCCUACUUGGAUUCAGAGCAGCGCAUUGUGGCGGCCAAGGUGAUCAAGCGCUUCAUCCUGCACGCCAAGAAAGACGGCGUUUGUGGUGGAGCACGACUUCAUCAUGGCCACGUACCUGGCGGACCGCGUCAUCGUGUACGAGGGGCAGCCGUCGGUGGACUGCACGGCGCGCACGGCCCCAGUCGCUCAACAGCGGCAUGA